AGGGAACGAAGUUGGAAGGACCGAAUGAGUCUAACGCGGAGCAAAGAAAGUAGGCGAUAAGGAGAAAAUUGCCCUAGAGUUUAGGGGGACUGUGUGUGCAUGUGUGUAUGUUUUCCCCCAGUUUCCUUUCCAAGACAUUUUCUUUGCUCCCUUUCGCUCCUCCCCCUCCUCUCCGCCUCCGCGGCUCCCCUCCCCUCCCCGAGCGGUAAUGGGAGGCUCCUAGGCAGGAGAAGCAAAAGAAGGAAUUGUUUGCAAGUUCACUCAUCCAAAAAAGCGUCUUCCAUAUGGAGGGAUUGGGUGCGCUGGGCGCGGCGUCUCUUGCCUUGUCCUCCUGCUGCCGCUGCUGCCACCACGGCUCCCGCUUCCUGCAACGGGGACCCUGAGCUGGGUUUCGCUGGUGUCAGCUCCGGCCGCGCUCACACACGCUCGCACCUCGUACCCGCCGUGGCCACACAAGCCUCUCCUUCUCGGCUUGCAACUUCUGGGUCUCGGGCUCCUUUGUUGCUCCAGCUGCCGCUACUCUCCCGUGGUGUGUGUCCCCGUGUAUCACCGCUCUGUGCGAGUGUGUCGGUGCUGCGCGGGGCCGUGUGGCCCUCUCCGCGCCGCCACGCGGAACCCAGAACCCCGGCCCCCUCUUCCCAGGCUCCGGCUGCUGGAGAGGGUGAAACAGCUUUCUUUGUCUUCAGUCUGGAAAUAGACUUCGUAGACUCCAUGACCCAUGAAGUCUUGUCAACAUCCGCCUGAGGGAAGCAGGGAGGAAGCAGAAGGCACAGGGUUGCAGAGGAGUGCGGUAGCUCUACCAGGGUCAUCCACAGCUUAUGGGACUUCGGCUUGGAGCCCCCUGUGACACACCAUACCGCGAGGGAAAAUGACAGUGUGCCGAGGGGAGCAGCCUGCGGUUGCACUGAUUGGGCUCCUCUUGGCUGCAGCAGGCUGCCUUGCUGACUUGGGUGAGGUUCCCCAGGUCACUGUCCAGCCCACGUCAACUGUCCAGAAGCUUGGAGGAACUGUGAUCCUGGGCUGUGUGGUAGAGCCACCGUGGGUGAAUAUAACUUGGCGUUUCAACGGGAAGGAGCUCAACGGCUCGGAUGAUGCCCUGGGUGUCCUCGUCACCCGUGGGACCCUCGUCAUUGCUGCCCUCAACAACCAUACUGUGGGACGGUACCAGUGUGUGGCUCGGAUUCCCGCAGGAGCUGUGGCCAGUGUGCCAGCCACGGUGACACUAGCCAAUCUCCAGGACUUUAAGUUAGAUGUGCAGCAUGUGAUUGAAGUGGACGAGGGGAACACAGCUGUCAUUGCCUGCCACCUGCCCGAGAGCCAUCCAAAAGCCCAGGUCCGGUACAGCGUCAAACAGGAGUGGCUGGAGGCCUCUAGAGACAACUACCUGAUCAUGCCGUCAGGGAAUCUGCAAAUCGUCAAUGCCAGCCAGGAGGAUGAGGGCAUGUACAAGUGUGCCGCUUACAACCCAGUGACGCAGGAAGUAAAAACCUCCGGCUCCAGCGACAGGCUGCGCGUGCGCCGGUCCACCGCUGAGGCUGCCCGCAUCAUUUACCCGCUGGAAGCCCAGACUGUCAUUGUUACCAAAGGCCAGAGUCUCAUACUGGAAUGUGUGGCCAGUGGGAUCCCGCCACCUCAAGUCACGUGGGCCAAGGAUGGGUCCAGCGUUGCCGGCUACAACAAGACUCGCUUUCUGCUGACCAACUUGCUUAUUGACGCUACCAGCGAAGAGGACUCAGGCACCUAUCGCUGUAUGGCUAACAACGGGGUUGGGGAACCCGGCGUAGCUGUCAUCCUCUACAAUGUCCAGGUCUUUGAACCCCCUGAGGUCACUGUGGAGCUGUCCCAGCUGGUCAUCCCAUGGGGCCAGAGUGCAAAGCUCACCUGUGAGGUUCGUGGAAACCCCCCACCCUCUGUGCUGUGGCUGAGGAAUGCCGUGCCCCUCACCUCCAGCCAGCGCCUCCGGCUGUCUCGCAGAGCCCUGCGUGUGGUCAGUGUCGGGCCUGAGGACGAAGGCGUGUACCAGUGUAUGGCUGAGAAUGAAGUGGGCAGUGCCCACGCUGUGGUCCAACUGAGAACUGCCCGGCCAGACACGACCCUGAGACCCGGAAGAGAUGCUAAGCCGGUUGCUGCCACACCUCCCAUGCCGCCCUCCAGACCCAGCAGACCUGACCAGAUGCUGCGGGAGCAACUAGGGUUUGUUAAGCCUCCCACAUCAGUACAACCGACCUCCCUGAAGUGCCUGGGAGAGGAGCAAGUCGCCCCUGCAGAGGCCCCCAUCAUCCUCAGCUCACCCCGAACCUCCAAGACUGAUUCCUAUGAGCUGAUCUGGCGACCUCGGCAUGAAAGCAGCAGCCAAGCACCCAUCCUGUACUACGUGGUGAAACAUCGUAAGCAGGUCACAAACGCUUCUGAUGACUGGACCAUCUCUGGCAUUCCAGCCAGCCAGCAUCACCUCACCCUUACCGGUCUUGAUCCUGGAAGUUUAUAUGAAGUGGAGAUGGCGGCCUACAACUGUGCCGGAGAGGGCCAGACGGCCAUGGUCACCUUCCGAACAGGACGGCGGCCCAAACCUGAGAUCGUGGCCAGCAAGGAGCAGCAGAUCCAGAGAGAUGACCCUGGUGCCAGCCCCCAGAGCAGCAGCCAGCCUGACCACGGCCGCCUCUCCCCCCCAGAAGCUCCAGACAGACCCACCAUCUCCAUGGCCUCAGAGACCUCUGUGUAUGUGACGUGGAUUCCCCGCGGCAAUGGAGGUUUCCCCAUCCAGUCUUUCCGCGUGGAGUACAAGAAGCUAAAAAAAGUGGGAGAUUGGAUACUGGCCACCAGUGCCAUCCCUCCCUCGAGGCUGUCUGUGGAGAUCACAGGCCUGGAGAAAGGCAUUUCCUACAAGUUCCGCGUCCGUGCCUUGAACAUGCUAGGGGAGAGUGAACCUAGUGCUCCCUCCCGGCCCUACGUGGUGUCAGGAUACAGUGGCCGUGUGUACGAGAGGCCGGUGGCAGGCCCUUACAUCACCUUCACGGACGCAGUCAAUGAGACCACCAUUAUGCUCAAGUGGAUGUAUAUCCCAGCCAGUAACAACAACACUCCAAUCCAUGGCUUCUAUAUCUACUACCGACCCACGGAUAGCGAUAAUGACAGUGAUUACAAGAAGGACAUGGUGGAAGGGGACAGGUACUGGCACUCCAUCAGCCACUUGCAGCCGGAGACCUCCUACGACAUUAAGAUGCAAUGCUUCAAUGAAGGAGGGGAGAGCGAGUUCAGCAACGUCAUGAUCUGUGAGACCAAAGCUCGGAAAAUUUCCGGUCAGCCUGGUCGGCCCCCACCCUUAACUCUGCCCCCACCACAGCCCCCACCGCUCGAAACCAUGGAGCGGCCGGUGGGCACUGGGGCCAUGGUGGCACGUGCCAGUGACCUGCCCUAUCUGAUUGUGGGGGUCGUUCUGGGCUCCAUUGUCCUCAUCAUCGUGACUUUCAUCCCCUUCUGCCUCUGGAGAGCCUGGGCUAAGCAGAAACACACAACAGAUCUGGGAUUUCCUCGAAGUGCCCUCCUGUCUUCCUCCUGCCAAUACACAAUGGUGCCAUUGGGAGGACUUCCAGGCCAUCAAGCCAAUGGUCAGCCUUACCUCAGUGGCAUCAAUGGACGGGCCUGUGCCAGCCGACUGCACGGAAGCCGGGGAUGCCCUGUGGCUGCAGCUGGCUGCCCAGGCAGGAAACCUCAGCGGCGCUGCCCAGGAGAGCUUGCACAGCAGCAGGAAGAAGCCAGCACCCCACUUAGGCAGACCAUUGUUGGCAGUGGAUAUGACCCUCAGAGCCAGCAGGCUGUCAGGUAACCAGGCCCUUCCCGUCCCUGCUUUUAGUCCCAAGCCCCAAAGCCUCCAAUUCACUUUAGCUCAUCAUGACCAAAGUCUGUCACUCAGAAUCAAGCAACGCUUCUUGCAAGGAUUCCCAAGUUUGCCAUUUGUGCUUGCUAUAGCUAUUACCC